GGUUUAUAUUCAACUAACGACACUUAGUUUUCUUCUUCAUCCUUAACCAUGGUUCAAUUACUGUGCCCAGAGGGGAAGCGUACGAUGAAUGCUAACGAACCCAUUCAUAAACGCUUGAAAUCAUCGUCUUUACCGACACCUAACGAGCCUAGCCUUGAUAGCAAUGAAUCAGCUGACCCACAUUCUCAAUACGACCCGCUUAACGAGCCGGGUCUUUUGGGUUUAAACCUGAGGAAGAGUGAAUCAUUAUUGGAGCUAUGUCAAGCCCGUGUUAACCAAGCCCAUAUUGACAGAAUGGAGAAAGAUGUUAAGGCAAGAGUCGGGUUCUCAGGGCCCGUCGAUAACUUAAAGGCGUCUAAUUUCCCCGCUGUACUUUUAAGGAUUGGAGAAUGGGAGUAUGUGUCGAAAUACGAAGGUGAUUUGGUGGCAAAAUGUUACUUUGCGAAGCAUAAGCUCGUAUGGGAAGUUCUCGAUGGCGGGCUAAAGAAUAAAAUCGAGAUUGAAUGGGAAGCUAUCAUUGGCCUGAAGGCACAUUGUCCCGAUAACGGGCCUGGCACCUUGACUAUUGUGCUCGGUAAACAACCGCUAUUCUUCCGAGAGACCAAUCCGCAGCCUCGAAAACACACGGUUUGGCAGGCAACUACCGAUUUUACUAAUGGAGAAGCAAGCAAUUAUAGGCAACAUUAUCUACAAUGUGCACCAGGGGUGCUAAAUAAGCAUUAUCAAAAGUUGAUCAACUGCGAUACGCGACUUAACUUGCUUAGCCAACAGGCAGACGCAUCGUCAGACGCGCAGCCCGCGGCAAAAGAUCCCGUCAAAGAUCCAAAUAUGUCGAACAAUAACGGCUCUAACCAACUAGAAAACGCGGGCACUCAUGGGUAUGUGGAAAGUUGGGGUCUCGUGCGGUCAAAGGCUAUCAGGCUGGUCAACGCACCGUGGCCCCCCCUGCGAACAAUGUCCAUAUCCGAUAUCGUAAACCACACUGCACAUUGUGUUUCCGAGCAAAACCAAAACCAAAACCCUGCUUGGGUCAACGAAGUCAACCACAAUCAGUUGGUCAAGAAUAUUUCCGAGAUUCUGCUUAACAACAACACACAGUUGACCACACCUUCGGAUGAGAAAAGUCCAAUGUCAGGAGUCAACUCACUAUGCAGUCUUCUUCAGGACGGAAACGAGUCGAAUGACUAUUCUGACCCUGACGCGGGUAACCAUAACGGACAAGAAUGGGCUGAUGGAAAUGACCAUUUUACCCCUUCGAGUAAUCUGACACCCGAGAAUGACAAAGGGAUGUCAAGAGACGACUCGUUUACUGAUCUCGUAGAUCAGCUUCCGCAAAUUGAAACGCUCCCGAGACUUUUCUUUGACACCUCGCAGGAUGGCGAUAUCGUCGACUUUUAAGCAUGGGUGAAGGUGUAAAUACGACUCGCGUUUCGGGGAAGUAUAUAUGGAAGUGGAAGUAUGCAUAUGUUUGAUCACUUUGG